CCGCGCCAGCCCUACGGACGUGCGCUUGCUGCCUUCGCGACGUCUGGGCCCUGGGAUGCGCGCCUGCCCGGUCCGUGCCAGCUCCAGACAUCUGUGGAGUUUAAGAACAUGGAGUUCAUCAGAGUAUAUCACUGAAGAAUAUGAUGGCUGAGAACAAUUUAAAAAUGCUAAAGAUUCAACAGUGUGUAGUAGCCAACAAACUACCUAGAAACAGGCCAUAUAUUUGCAAUAUUUGCUUCAAGCACUUUGAAACACCAUCAAAAUUAGCUAGGCAUUAUCUCAUUCAUACUGGUCAAAAACCAUUUGAAUGUGAUGUGUGUCAUAAAACCUUUAGGCAACUGGUUCAUCUGGAGAGACAUCAAUUAACUCAUAAUCUGCCUUUUAAAUGUAGCAUUUGUCAACGCCACUUUAAAAAUCUGAAGACAUUUGUGAAGCACCAACAACUUCACAAUGAAACGUACCAGAAUGAUGUUAAACAGGUCAGAAGACUGUUGGAGGCCAAGCAAGAAAAGCCAGUAUAUGGGAUGUAUCAUACUUUUACCACAGAGGAAAGAUGGGCAUUACACCCAUGCUCUAAGUCUGAUCCUACAUACAGCCCUACAAAGAAAAGAAAGAAUAUUCAUGCGUGUACAAUCUGUGGCAAGAUGUUUCCAUCACAGUCAAAACUUGAUAGGCAUGCACUUAUUCAUACUGGCCAGAGGCCUUUUAAGUGUGUCUUGUGCAGUAAAUCUUUCCGACAGUCAACUCAUUUAAAAAUUCAUCAACUCACACAUUCAGAAGAAAGACCUUUUCAAUGUUGUUUUUGUCAAAAAGGAUUUAAGAUUCAGAGCAAACUUAUGAAGCAUAAACAAAUCCAUACCAGGAAUAAGACUUUUCAGACUCUUUCAUUAAAGGUAAAGAGUCCAGAGUCAUGCCCCCUGCCUAAUAAAUUAAAUGCAAAGCAGGAUGGUUUUGAAAAUGGUGAUAUAGGUGAAUCUGGGGAGAAUAAUCAGCUUGAUGUCCACUCUAUUUACAUCGUCCCUUUUCAGUGUCCAGAGUGUGAAGAGUGUUUUGAAUCUGAACAGAUUCUCAAUGGACAUAAGUGUUUUCCUGCCAGAAGUGGCGAAAUUCCAAGCAGGCUCAAAAGAAACUACAACUAUAAAACCAUUGUGAAAAAAAUCUUGGCUAAACUUAAACGUGCUGGGGGUAAGAAAUUAGAUAAUUUUCGAUCUGAGAAAAAACUAUAUAAAAACAGUUUCUUGAAAAAUUAUGAUCUUAUUUCUGGUGAGCAGAGCCCCGAACAAACCCAGAAAACAUUUAUGGGUUCUCUUGGCAAACAUGGAACAUAUAAGCCAGUUGGCAAUAAAAAGAAGAAAACGUUGACUUUGCCAUUUUCUUGGCAAAAGCACUUUCAGAGCCAAAAUAUGGGUAAAAACUUGAAAGGUAUCCUUACAACAGAAAACAUGUUAGAUAACUCCGUGAAUAAUAAAGAUGUAUCUAUCUAUGGUUCAUCGGGAGAGGAAUUCUUUGAUAAUUGUGAAGUGCUUCAGUGUGGUUUUUCAGUUCCAAGUGAAAACAUCCAUACUGGACAUAAGAUGUGUCCUUGUGACAAAUGUGAGAAAGUGUUUCCUUCUAUAUCCAAACUACAAAGACACUAUUUAAUUCAUACUGGACAGAGACCUUUUGGCUGUAAUAUUUGUGGGAAAUCUUUUAGGCAGUCAGCUCACUUAAAAAGACACAAAUUAACUCAUAUUGAUAAGAUUCCUUAUAGAAGAUCUCUUUGCCAAGAAUUUGAAAAUUUGAACCAACUUCUCAUUCAUCCAGGCGAUAAUGUUAACUAUAAUGCUUCCCAACAAUGUCAGACUCUUGGUUUCCAAAAAUACGAGGUCUUGGAGUCAGAUCAGAUAUCAGAAAUAAAAGUUAAGGCUGAAUCAGAGGAUUUCAUUCUUAGUACCCCCUAUAGGAACAGGCAGCCUUAUCUCUCUAGUGCGCUACUGCAAUCAGAGCAGAACCAACAUGGUCAUUGUUGUAGUUAUUCAGGGCGUGCAGAGAGGAAUGAUGGCCUUCUUUACCAAUGCAGCGUUUGUUCCAAAAGUUUUAGAUCUCCAUCUAAACUGGAAAGACACUAUCUAAUUCAUGCGGGGCAGAAGCCAUUUGAAUGCUCGGUUUGUGGCAAAACAUUCAGACAGGCUCCUCACUGGAAAAGACAUCAACUUACUCACUUUAAGGAAUGACUAACCACAAGAUAAAGUUCUCAGAUUCAGUUAUGUAACUGACAGAACCAGGAACACAUUUGUGGUCUCUCUGGUGAUCUCAUUCUUAAAGCCUAUAUCAUAGAAAAUGUGUUUUCAUUAAAAGGCCUUCGUUAGGUUGAGUGAUGUCAUAGGCAGUUGCUUAUCCUGAAAGUAAGAGCCAAGAUACAUAGAAAAUUAAUACAAUGUUUUAGGAACAGCCAAAUUAAUUUUUAGGGGGAAGAGCAUGGUUUGAUGCCAUAUAGAAGACAUUUAUUUAUUUUAAUAUAUACUUUGACUAUUGAAAAUGUAAAUCCAUGAUGCGGUACAAUAACUCAGUUCAUCAUUUUUUAAAGGAAUUAUUUCUUUUUUUUAAAGGAAUUAUUUCUUACUGUAUGCCAUCUCCUUUUAGAUAUACUCAAAAGACAGAGGUAAAAGUUGGGUUUUGGCUGCAGCAAAUAGCCCCACUACAUUUUACUUAUUUUGUUUCAUAUGAAAGCAUAAUUUUGUCCACCUAUGGCUCAAAUUCCAUUGUAAAAUUUUUUCUUGUAAGUUUAAAAACUGAAGGCAGUAAAAGUGAAGAUGGAUGAAAAAAUCAUGGCAUUAUUUUCAUUGGUCUUUUGCAAACCAUUUAUUCUUAGGACCCUUGUAGCUUCACCUCCUUUUCCAGAGGGGAUUAGAAGUUGGCCUUUUGCGCAGCUUUUUGUCUUUCCCAAAAGAUCUGAAAGUAGGAGAGAGACUAGAAUGCACCUGUAUACAUUUAUCAUGUUUACUAAUCAGGAAUAUUUUCCAAGUGCCAUAAUCUUUUUGAGGAUAUGUAUGCAGUAUUAUCUUCUCAGAGGAAUAAAUGAAAUUCAUCUAUUUACUAAAUAAUUGACAACAGUAGUUGUAUAGACUUAAGACUCACCUAUAGAUCUGCAUCUCCACAAGACUUCUGUUUUACUUCAGUAAAACUUUGUUUUAAUGCCUCUUGAAUUGAGUGGUCCUGUGACUUAACUAAAUCUGUUAAGUUUGAUCAAAUGGCAAUGACUAGGUCUAAUUCUAGUUUUUAAUUCUGUUGUUUCUCGCAAGAUGCUAAUGCUAAAGAAUGUUAUUUUGAUCCUUAGCAAAUUGUUUUGAUUAGUAAGGUAAUUAUUCCCAAUAGUAAUAAAGUGCUUAUGGAAUUGAGGGUAUCAUUCUUCGACAGCACUGUCAUGAUUGGGAAAUACUGAAUCUUAAGCUAUAAAAGACAUGAUCACAAAUUGUCCUUUGUGUUUGCCAUUUUUUAAUAAAAUCUUUAAGAAUGACAUUUCUUAGUAAUAAAGUAACCAUUAUCUUUGAAGAGAAGAACAGGUGGGUGUUUGUCCUAGUGUACUUAAAUAUAGUGACAAGCCCUCUGUUGAGAAUGGAUAAUAAACAUUCUUUGCAUUGUAAGCUCUUUUUCAUACUCUAAGAAUUGUCUUUGUAUGGGAAGAAGGGGGAAGAGAGGUUGAU